AUGCAGUGCUGGUCCCCCAAACCCUGCAUACGCGACGUAGCAAUUGCCGCCAUGCUUAAAGCUGUGAUCCUGAUUGGAGGCCCUCAAAAGGGGACUCGCUUCAGACCUUUGUCUUUUGAGGUGCCCAAACCCCUAUUUCCCGUGGCAGGGGUCCCUAUGAUUCAGCACCACAUUGAGGCCUGUGCCCAGGUCCCCGGGAUGCAGGAAAUUCUGCUCAUUGGCUUCUACCAACCUGAUGAGCCACUUACCCGGUUCCUAGAAGCUGCACAGCAAGAGUUUAACCUUCCGGUCAGGUACCUGCAGGAAUUUGCCCCUCUGGGCACAGGAGGUGGUCUCUACCACUUCCGGGAUCAGAUCCUGGCUGGGGGCCCUGAGGCCUUCUUCGUGCUCAACGCUGAUGUUUGCUCCGACUUCCCCUUGAGCUCUAUGUUGGCUGCCCACAGACACCAGCCUCACCCUUUCUUGCUCCUGGGCACCACGGCUAACAGGACACAGUCCCUCAACUAUGGCUGCAUUGUAGAGAAUCCACAGACACAUGAGGUCCUGCACUAUGUGGAGAAACCCAGCACGUUUGUUAGUGACAUCAUCAACUGCGGCAUCUAUCUCUUUUCCCCGGAAGCCCUGAAGCCCCUUCGGGAUGUCUUCCAGCGCAAUCAGCAGAACGGGCAACUGGAGGACUCUUCAGGCCUGUGGCGGGGGGCAGGCACCAUCCGCCUGGAGCAGGACGUGUUCUCAGCCCUGGCUGGGCAGGGCCAGAUCUACGUGCACCUUAAUGACGGUAUCUGGAGCCAGAUCAAGUCUGCAGGCUCGGCCCUCUAUGCCUCCCGCCUCUAUCUGGGUCAGUACCAGCUCACUCACCCCGAACGCCUGGCUAAGCACAGCCCAGGGGGGCCGCGGAUCCGAGGAAACGUUUACAUCCACCCAACGGCUAAGGUGGCCCCAUCAGCUGUGCUGGGCCCCAACGUCUCCAUUGGGGAGGGGGUGACCGUGGGCGAGGGUGUGCGGCUCCGAGAGAGCAUUGUCCUCCAUGGAGCCACGCUGCAGGAGCAUACAUGUGUGCUGCACAGCAUUGUGGGCUGGGGGAGCACGGUGGGGCGCUGGUCCCGCGUGGAGGGUACCCCCAAUGACCCCAAUCCCAACGACCCCCGGGCCCACAUGGACAGUGAGAGCCUCUUCAAGGACGGGAAGCUGCUGCCUGCCAUCACCAUCCUGGGCUGCCGCGUCCGGAUCCCUGCUGAGGUGCUCAUCCUGAACUCGAUUGUUCUGCCACACAAGGAGCUGAGCCGAAGUUUUACCAACCAGAUCAUCCUCUGA